CCGCUCAUUUCAACGGCCACUACCUGCAUGCACGCGACGUGGCCGCUCGUCUCCCACCUCAGCUAGGUAGCUCCCGCUCUAUAAAACUCGCCACCCCACACACCAGCUUCUCUCACGCUGCACAUCCAUAUCGAUCUAGCUCGCUUUUUCACUCGCACUAGCUCUUGCACGAUCGAGUAGCCUCAUAGCUGGUUCAUCAUCGGCUAGCUGAAAGCUAGAGAGAGAAAUAGAGAGCAACUAACUAAGGAGAGAGAAAGAGAGAGAAGAUGAUCGGGUGGAGCGACGUGUACAAGGUGGUGUCGGCGACGGUGCCGCUCUACUUCGCGCUGUUCCUGGGUUACGGGUCGGUGCGGUGGUGGCGCAUCUUCACGCGGGAGCAGUGCGACGCCGUGAACCGCCUCGUCGCCUUCUUCGCGCUGCCCUUCUUCACCUUCGAGUUCACGCUGCACACCGACCCGUUCCAGGUCAACUACCGCGCCGUCGCCGCCGACGUCAUCUCGAAGGUGGUCAUCGUCACCGUCAUCGCCGUAUGGGCCUGGUUCAUGAGCAAGGGAGGCUGCGCCGUUAGCUGGUCCAUCACCAGCUUCUCCCUCUCCACCCUCACCAACUCGCUCGUCGUCGGCGUGCCCAUGGCGCGGGCCAUGUACGGCGAGUGGGCGCAGCAGCUCGUCGUCCAGCUUUCCGUCUUCCAGGCCAUCGUCUGGCUCACGCUCCUGCUCUUCGUGCUCGAGGUCAGGAAGGCCGCCAUCGGCAUGUACCCCGCCCUGCCCGACUCCGACCUACCGGUCGGUAAGGACGUCGAGGCCAGCGCUGACGCAGCCGCCGUCGGGGCGGACUGUGUCGUGCCGGUCGCCAGCGACAGGCCAUCUCUCUGGGCGCUCAUCAAGGUGGUUGCGCACAAGCUGGCGCGUAACCCCAACACCUACGCCAGCUUCGUCGGCAUCACCUGGGCAUGCGUUGCCAACAGGUUGCACAUCGAGCUGCCAAGCGCCUUUGAGGGCUCGGUGCUCAUCAUGUCCAAGUCAGGCACGGGAAUGGCCAUGUUCAGCAUGGGAUUGUUCAUGGCGCAGCAAGAGAAGUUGCUCGCGUGCGGGCCGAGCUUUGCGGCGCUGGGCCUCGUGCUGAAGUUCGCGCUCGGACCGGCCGCCAUGGCCAUCGGCUCCAUCGCCGUCGGCCUCCGCGGCGACGUCCUCCGCGUCGCCAUCAUACAGGCCGCACUACCUCAAUCCAUCACGUCGUUUAUAUUUGCAAAAGAAUAUGGGUUGCACGCUGAUGUUCUUAGUACAGCGGUUAUUUUUGGGAUGCUUGUCUCCUUGCCGUUGCUAGUUGGAUUUUAUAUUGUUUUAGAGCUAAUUAGGUAGACGCAAAGCCUCGGAUAUGCGAGGAAAAUGUGUUAUUCCCUUGAAGCUACCCAAACAUACAUACUGACAACAAGCGCUAAGAAAUGCAUCCUACCUUCAUUCCUCGUUGCAUAAAAUUGCAAGGGGAGUUAUUGAGCACUACGAGAUACUUUUUAACAUAUAUUAUGUAAGAAGAAUGCUUAUUUAUUCUGUUAUUCAAAUAAUUGUGUAACAAGAAUACUUGACUUUGAGUUUAA